CUAUAUGAGUCUACGUUCGUUUUAAAAAAAUCUACGAGUAAAAAAUCAAUCUGUGAUAACUAAACUCCACUUUUAAAUGUUCUAAAUAAAUAUAUUAAUAAUUGAUUUGAAGUAAUAAAGCUGUAUUUAAUGUAAAUAGUGUGAAAAGUUAUGUUUACGCAACAUAACCUCUAAAAGUAUCGAGUGCAGUGUUUGUUUUUAAAUCGGCCGUCAUCAAUGGUGGUCAGUGGCAAAUCAUACAGCCAUGGAAAGAAAGCGGCCUCCGGUCGAAAGCAGUGCUAGGAGACAAAUUUUAACGGCACUGUUAGCCACCAUCCCAACAUUCACCUACGGUAUUCAAAUCGGCUGGCUGUCACCCACUCGUCUCCACCUCAAGGCCAACGGUGUUACAGACAGCGACAUCUCUUGGCUAGCGGCGGCCCUACCACUGGCGGCUAUAUGUGGCAUACCGUUUUUUAGCUACUCUAGCGACCGUUUUGGAAGGAAGAUCUGUAUUAUCACCGUGUCUCUUCUGUCUUGUAUAUCAUGGACUAUCAAACUAUCCACUCUCUCCGCCCCCCUCCUGAUCGCAGCUCGGGCCUUCGCCGGCGUGGCUGCGGCGGGGUGCUUCGUGGUCGUUCCUGUGUAUGUGAAAGAGAUAGCUGAGGAUUCUUGGAGAGGAGCGCUGGCUUCCCUUACUAUGACUGUUUGCAAGCUAGGCGUGAUCUUCGUCUACGGGCUGGGCACCUGGCUGCCGUACACACACAACCAGGCGGUCUACCUGGCCGUGGCGGGCCUCCAUGCGCUACUGUUCGCCUUCAUGCCGGAGUCGCCCAACUACUUGCUCAAGCGGGGGAGAGAGAAGAAAGCAACCCAGACGAUAGCGUGGCUUCGGAGCCUCAACAGAGGAGAAGCGUCCGUCCUUGAUGAAGUGCACAAACUCAAGGAGGAGCACAGGCGGUUCGAUGAUGAGCCCAGGGUCACGCUCUGCAGUAUUAUUCGCGACAAGGCCACCUUCUCCGCUCUCCGAGUGACCCUCAUGCUGAUGGCUCUGCAGACCCUCUCUGGAUGCUUCGCGCUCAUGAACUACGCAUCUGAAGUCUUCACGAGGGCUGGAACGGUGUGGGACCCUAACCUGCUGACGCUACUUAUGGGUUUCCUACAGUUGGCUGGAUCGUUCUUUACUACAGUGUCUAUUGAGAAGUUUGGGAGAAAGAUCCCACUGGCCUGCAGCUGCGCUGUUGUCUCCCUCUGCAUGACUGUGUUGGCAACAUACUUCUACACACACUCGGGUCCAAGAUGGCUGCCAGUGGUGUGCGUCUGUCUGUGCCUGCUGUCGUACGGCGCUGGGUUGGCUCCUGUGCCUAUGGUGGUAAUGGCUGAGGUGUUCACAUAUCAGAUGCGAGCCCGCAUGGCCGGAGCGUCCAUGGCGUUCUCAUUCUUCUGCAGUUCAAUGACGGUCCUAUUUUACACGCCAAUAGCGUCCGCUUUCGGCGUGCACUCCGUGUUCUACGUGUUCGCGGCCGUGACGGCGUGGGGCGUGCUGUACACGGCGCUGUGGGUCCCGGAGACCAGGGGCCGCAGUCUGCAGGAGAUCAGGGACUACUGGCUCAAGCCGGGAGUGCCGCCACCCGUCCAUGUGUGAUACACACUAGGAUACUUCAUCGUGAAAAGGCAAGAUUUAUUACAAUAUGCCAUCAGCCUCAUUUUGAAAUCUACGGAUCUUCAAGCCUACACGGAGCUCGGCCUUUCUCUUUCGCAUUUAGACACCGUACCUUUAUUGCAGGUAUUUGAACACUGACCUCCAGGACGCUUCGGGCCUUCGGCCCUACGGGAAGCUCGACCUUCGGUCUUCGCUUUUGGAUACUUUGUUCUGUGCUUGAGCACUAACUUCUUGGAUGCUUCGAGCCUUUGGCCCCACGCGAAGCUCAGCCUUCGGUCUUCACAUUUAGACACAUUUUUUUUUCUGUAUCGUCGUUGGAGCUGUGCCUCUGACGCAGAAUCAGGGGCAGGAGUCUGCAGGAGAUCAGGGACUACUGGCUCAAGCCGGCA